GCCCGGCACCUGGCAGGAAGUGGCUGCGGCGCCGCCCGGGCGCGGCCUCCUGGCGGUGCAGCGGGGCGAGAAGGCGACAGCGGCGGGGAGUAGGACCUAAUGGCGGCGCUGGCGCCCGCGGGCCCCGGAGACGCCGCCUCAGCAGCCCUGGACGAGCUAUCCCGGAACUUCACGUACUGGGCUCCGGGCGCGGGCAAUGGCUCCCUGUCGGGCGCCUGGUACCGCAGGAACCAGAUUCACCUGUUGGGAGUUUUGCUGGCCAUUUUAGGAAACCUCGUAAUCAGCAUUUCCCUAAAUAUUCAGAAAUAUUCUCAUCUCCAGCUGGCACAACAAGAGCACCCAAAGCCAUACUUCAAGAGCGUGCUGUGGUGGGGCGGAGUGGCGCUGAUGGCCGCUGGGGAGACAGGGAACUUCGCAGCCUACGGAUUCGCCCCCAUUACUCUCAUCGCUCCAUUAGGCUGUAUGUCUGUUACAGGUAGUGCCAUCAUUUCUGUUAUGUUUCUGAAAGAAAACCUGAGAGCUGCAGAUUUACUAGGAAUGGCAUUGGCAUUUGCGGGAACAUACUUAUUGGUGAACUUUGCUCCAAAUGCGACUCAGGCCAUUUCAGCGAGAACAGUGCAGUAUUUCUUGGUCGGCUGGCAAUUCCUGAUCUAUGUGAUUUUAGAAAUACUACUUUUCUGCAUCCUCCUGUAUUUCCAUAAAAGAAGAGGAAUGAAGCACAUGGUGAUUCUGCUGGCUCUGGUGGCACUCCUAGCCUCAUUGACUGUUAUUUCAGUAAAAGCUGUCUCGGGCAUGAUCACUUUCUCUAUGACGGAUAAAAUGCAGCUAACUUAUCCCAUCUUCUAUAUCAUGUUCAUCAUCAUGAUAGCAUCUUGUGUUUUCCAAGUCAAGUUCCUGAACCAAGCCACGAAACUCUACAAUACGACGACGGUGGUGCCAGUUAACCAUAUUUUCUUUACAACUAGUGCCAUUAUUGCAGGUAUCAUAUUUUAUCAGGAAUUCUUUGGUGCUGCUUUUCUCACUGUAUUUAUAUAUCUUUUUGGGUGUUUUCUGUCAUUCCUUGGCGUGUUUUUGGUCACAAGAAAUCGAGAAAAGGAACAUCUGCAACAGUCUUAUAUUGACAUUGGAAAUAUUCCUGGGAAACAAAUAUUGGACAAAAUACAACAGGAUUCAAACGGCUUAUCCUAUGGAACUUUGCCCGAUGGAAGUGACUCAACACAGAGCCAAAGUGGAGAGAAGAAAGAGGCCUAAAAUGCUGAGGGGGUGGCUCUUGGCCUGAUAUUCAAUACCACCUUUUUAAAAAAUUGCACAUGUUCAAUUUGUGUCAGCAGCUAUUUCAUGCUGACAUGUGCUCACAUUCGUUUCAGUCCUCCCCCCCCCGGCUCCGUGUCUAUGGACAAUCACGGCCUUCCUCAGCUUUGACAGUCUAAUGUUCUCACGGAAUGUAACUCGAAGUGGUCCCCACACCCUGGACCUCUCCCUGACGAUCAUCUAACCGCAGGGCUGUCUGUCACACAAAAGCGUGCACUCACCAUUUGGCCACGGGACACACAGAUUACUAUUUCCACGUGGCUUAUGGUGUCAGCUGCCUGGCUUUGAAGAGCCCCUUUAGCCCCACAGCCUCAGUCCUAAGUGAAAGGCUUGAGAGCAUUCAUUUUUUCCAGAACACCUUCCAUGCACCUCUCCAUAAAGGUGUCACCUUUCCAUUCCUAAAUUAAAACAGUGAUGGUGGGCCAUCCUUUCUGAAGACUAUUGCUAUUAGUAUUUACAAGUGGCCUUCUGUGAUGGUGGAUGCCAAAACUAAGAGACUUCUGCUAGUGGACUUUUGAAACCUUAAAAAAAAUGCAGAAAUUUUUAGAAUUAGGACUGUACUCACUUCAGCAGCCCAUCUACAACACAGAAAUUGGAAGAACACAGAGAAGAUGAGCGUGGCCCCGCCAGGAUAACACGAACAUUCAUAAGGCAUCUGAAAAAGGAUUAGGAUCAAUAUUUGUUUAUUUUUUAAUAAAAAUGUAGAAUGGUGAUGCUUUCUUCA